AUGGGCGCUGCAGCUUCAUCAUCCUCCUCCUGCUCUUCUGCAUAUUUUCCCAGAAAAUAUGACGUUUUUCUGAGUUUCAGAGGUGAGGAUACUCGCAAAACCUUCACCAGCCAUCUUCACACUGCCCUGUGCAUGAGCGGUAUUCGAACCUACAUAGAUUAUGAACUCUCAAAAGGAGAUGACAUUUCCCAAUCUCUCAUCCAAGCAAUUGAAGAUUCAAGCAUAUCUGCGGUCAUCUUCUCAGAAAACUAUGCUUCCUCAAAAUGGUGUUUGAAUGAACUGCUUAAGAUACUGGAGUGUAAAGAAGUCCAAGGACAGCUCGUUAUUCCUAUUUUCUACCAAGUCGACCCAUCUCAUGUACGCAAUCAAAAGGGAACAUACCAGGAAGCUUUUGAAAAACACUAUACACAAAACCCAGAGAAGGUGAAGCAGUGGAAACGUGCUCUUUUUGAAACUGCAAACUUAGCUGGUUGGGACUCUUGGAUUUAUAGGGACGAAUCACAACUCAUUCAUAAUAUUGUCAAUGACAUUUUGAAAAGAUUGGAGCACAUGUAUCCAAGUACAUUACAAGGUCUUGUUGGAAUUGAAGAGAACGCUGAUUGUAUUGAAUCAUUAUUGGAAAAUGCCUCAAUAAUUGGAAUUUGGGGCAUGGGUGGUAUAGGCAAAACAACUAUAGCUAAAGCUGUAUUCGCCAAGCUCUCCUUCCAAUUUGAAAGUUGUUGUUUUUUUGAGAAUUUAAGAGAAGAAUCAGAAAAAUGUGGACUAAAGCAUAUACGUGAUAAACUUCUUAGAGAACUAUUGAUGGAAGAAGAUUCCAUGGUUAGGUCCACGUCAUUUGCCAUGAGAAGACUUAGUUGUAAAAAAGUUUUCAUUGUGCUUGAUGAUGUCAACAAGAUAAAUCAAUUAGAAUAUUUGGCCAAAGAAUGUCAUGCCUUGGGACCUGGUAGUAAAGUCAUCAUUACUACGAGAGAUGAACAUUUGCUUCUUGGAAGAGUUAAUGAAAUAUAUGAAGCCAAGCCAUUGAGCGAUUACAAAUCAGUUAGCCUUUUCAACCUCAAAGCCUUUCACAAAGAUGAUUAUGAAAGCGGAUAUGAAGAACUAUCUGAGAGAGUUGUUGCUUAUGCUAAAGGCAAUCCUUUAGCUUUAAUCACCUUGGGUUCAUUUCUAUAUUCCAAAACUAUAGAUGAAUGGGAAAGUGCAUUGACAAAAUUGGAAAAGACAAGCCAUGAAGAUAUUCAUGCAGUGUUAAAAUUGAGCUAUGAUGGACUAAACUUUGAAGAGAGAGAAAUGUUUUUAGAAAUUGCUUGCUUUCUAAAAGGUGAAAGUAUUGCUAAAGUAGUAGCUCUUUUAGACAGCUAUGGCUACCAUGCAACAAUUGGCUUGAGGACCCUCGUAGAUAAGGCCCUCAUACGCAUUUCUUCUUAUUAUGUGGAGAUGCAUGAUUUACUACAACAAAUGGGUCGUGAAAUUGUUCGUCAAGAGUGUGUAAAAAAUCCUGGAAGACGAAGUCGACUAUGGAAUCCUGAUGAAAUCUAUGAUGCAUUGAAAAAUAAUCGGGUAACUGAUGCAGUUGAAGGCAUAAGUUUAGAUUUGUCUCAAAUUGGAGAUAUAUGCUUAACUUCCAACACCUUAAAAAAGAUGACUAAUUUGAGAUUUCUCAAAUUCUAUUCAUCUAAUUCAGAUAGAAGGUCAUGUGUGAAUAUUCCCCCAAGCCAAGGGUCAUUUUCCAAUCAUUUAUCUUAUUUUCAAUGGGAUAAUUUUCCUUUUGAGGCUCUACCAUCAUCUUUUUGUGCAGAGAAACUUGUUGAACUUAGUAUGAAUGGCAGCAAGCUUAAAAAAUUGUGGGAUGGAACACAGGAUUUGGUAAAUUUAAGGGGAUUAGACCUUGGAGGAUCUAAGCAAUUGGCAGAGCUGCCUGAUUUCUCCAAGGCACGGAAACUUGAAUGGGUGAAUCUCUUCUCAUGUGAAAGCUUAAGCCAUCUGCAUCCCUCUAUUUUAUCUCUCCAUAGAUUAAAGUCUUUGGGGCUCACUAAUUGCAUAAAGCUGAAGCAUUUGCAAAGCGAGAGCCCUUUAAAAUCUCUAGAGAGCCUUAGUGUUGAUAAUUGCUAUGGUCUCAAGGAAUUUUCAUUAUCAUCAGAGAGCAUGACAGUUUUACAAUUAAAUAGAACUGGCAUUGAGUCAUUGGGCUCUUCAAUUGGUUAUCUCCAGAAACUCACUAGUCUCUCACUCAAUUGCUCAAGACUAAAGAAUAUUCCUGUCAAUGAGUUUUAUGGACUGAGAUCUCUAAAAGAUCUUACUUUUUCUGAUUGUGGAGAGAUAAUUGAUGAAUCAAAGUUAUAUAUCCUAUUUGAUGCUUUACAAUGUCUAAUAAGUAUUCAUUUGGAUGGGAGUUGCAUCUUGACUGAGCUCCCCGACAAUAUCAAGCAUCUAUCAAGACUAGAAUUUCUUUCCUUGAUAAAUUGCAAGAGCCUUCAAUCUUUACCAGAGCUUCCUCCAUCCAUCAAAGACUUAGAUGCUACCAACUGCACAUCAUUGGAGACGCUAAUACUCACUUCUCAUACUGAAUUUCCAUUGUUGCCACAGCAAAUAAUGCAGAAUUUAACACCCUAUUCCUCAAUCAGGUAUCUCAGAAAUCUAAGAAGGCUUAUUCUUUCAUGUUGCAACAUAGGGAACCGUUCACUUUCCCAUAUUAUGGCGUUUGCUUACUUCUGUUUGAAGCGUGGUGUGCAUACAAAUCAAAUGGUUGAUGUUUGCUAUCCAGGAAGAGAAGUUCCAGAUUGUUUUAAACAUAAUCAGACAGCUAAGGCUCCCAAUUUCAUAACUAUUGAGCUUUCUUCAACCAUGAACAACUUGCAAGGCUUCAUUUUCUACUCUGUUCUUCCGCAGUUCACUCCAAAGGAAAGCUGUUCUUACAGAGUAAAAUGCCAAAUUUAUGAUGAAGAUGGUGAAUGCGGCACAAGCUUGAGUUUUGUUAUAACAAAUGUUAAUUCACACCAUGUUUUUCUGUGGACCACUCAUAAAAACAUAUUCACAAAAUAUCCAGACGCCAAUUAUAAGCCAAAGCUUUCAUUUGAAUUCUAUGUUGUUACAUAUGAUAGCGAUGAUUUUAUUGGGUUCGGUUUUAUGGAGGAAACAAAACACGAUGGCUUGAUUGAAGCAUGUGGAGUCUGCCCAAUAUAUGCCCCAGAUUAUCACAGCUUCCUUCAGCAAGAGGAAUUGGAGUUGGGAACAAGGGAGAAAAGGACUUUUGAAGAUAUUGAGGAGCAUUCAUUUCGUGGAAUACUGGAAUAUGCUAGUUUCUCACUGAAGCAAGCAAAAUGUGGUGGUUUUGAGGCAAGUAUUAUUCCAGAGUGGUUUGCAUACAAAAGCUUGACAACAGGGUCUUCUGUCUCUGUUCAGCUUAAUCCUAGUUUUGAUGGCUUAUUGGGUUUCAUUUUCUGCUUUGUUAUUCCUCAAUUCUCCUUAAAAGAAAGGGAUCUACGGCACUCAUCAUGUGGAUACUAUGAUGAAAAUAACAUUUAUCAAGAAGGCCCUAGAGGAUGGCAUUAUUCAAUGAUCGGAUUGAAUUCAAAUAAUGUUUUCCUAUGGUAUGAUCCCCUCUAUUGUGAACUCAUUCUGGAGGAUAUUCAAAGCAGAAUAGGCCCCAGUAAAUCUGAGAAAUACGAAUCAAAGGUCACAUUUGAAUUUAAGUUUGGCGAUUGCUUGAUCAAAGAAGGUGGAGUUCGCCCAAUAUAUGCCUCUGAAUACAGAGAGUUCCUUCAACAAAAGGAAUUGGAGUUGAAGUUAAUAACAGGAAAAAAGAGGUGUCGGAGUAUUGAUGAUGAGCUACAGCAACCCACUGCCACAAAGAAAUGGAAGAUGUCUUCAAUCCUUCAACCUGUUCCCCUGAGUUCUGAGUCCAAGACAUCUCAUGAUGUUGAUGAUGGCCAGGUUUCUUCUCAAGCUAACAUUGUUGGCAUUUUCCUCGAUGCACGAUCAAAAAGGGUUGUUACUUACACCAAAGGCAAUCCUUUAACUUUAAUAGUUCUGGGUUCUUUUCUUUACUCCAAAACUAAAGAAGAAUGGGAGAGUGCGUUAAGAAAAUUCAAAAGGAUUCCACAUGAAGAUAUUCAGGAAGUGUUAAAAUUGAGCUACAACGGAUUAAAAGAUGAAGAGCAGGAAAUAUUUCUAGACAUUGCGUGCUUUUUGAAAGGUGAACUUAAAGAACAUAUAAUACAGCUAUUAGACAGCUAUGGAUUCCAUGCAAGAAUUAGCAUUAGAACCCUCCAAGAUAAGGCUCUUAUUACUGUGGGUGAAAGAUUGUGGAUGCAUGAUCUAAUACAAGAAAUGGGUUGGGAGAUAGUUCGUCAAGAAUGUAUUAAAGAACCAGGAAGACGCACUAGAUUAUGGGACCCUAAGGAAGUCUAUGAUGUAUUGAGAAGCAAUCGGUGGGAUGGGUACCCUUUGGGCUCUUUGCCAUCAACUUUUUGUUCUGAGAGCCUUGUUGAACUGAAAAUGCAAUACAGCCAUGUUAAAACACUUUGGGAUGGCGUGCAGGAUUUUGUAAAUUUGAAGAGAAUAGAUCUUCGUUUUUCCAGAAAACUGAGACAGUUGCCUGAUUUCUCCAAGGCCCAUAAUCUGGAACUGGUGAAUCUAUAUUACUGUGAAAGUUUGCGUUUUGUCCAUCCAUCUAUCUUAUCUCUCAAGAGCCUUGUUUCUUUGGAUUUAGGCAAAUGCAAAAACCUCGAGAGUCUCCAAAGUGAUACUCAUUUAAGAUCUCUUAGAAAAGUCCUUGUUCACGACUGCCCUACUCUGAAGGAAUUCUCAUUAUCAUCCAAAGAACUAAGAUGUUUAUUUUUAGGAUCAACCGGUAUAGACAUUCUACACCCAUCAAUCGGAAGUCUUGCUAAGCUUAGAAGUCUUCAUCUCAAUGGUUCAAAAUUGAAGAAUCUUCCACUAAAGGAGUUAUGUUGCUUAAGAUCUCUUGAGGAUCUUGGUAUCUGCAAUUAUGCGUUUGGCAAACAUGUGCUGCACAUGCUAUUUGAUGCCUUAUGCGCUUUACGAAUACUAAGCUUCCUGAAUUGCUCUAACUUAACUGAGCUCCCAAACAACAUCAAGCAACUCUCAAGACUUCAAAGGCUUCAUUUGAGAAGUUGCAGAAAUUUUCAAUGUUUACCAGAGCUCCCUCUGUCUGUUAAAGAGCUAGAUGUCUCCAACUGCACAUCAAUUUCAAUCAACUGUAUGUUGUUGAAGGAAGUAGGAAAAUUGGUUGCAGCACUGCACGCCUCCUCAAUUGGGCAUCUUGCCAAUCUCAAAACUCUGCUUCUUGAUGCUUCAAGUCUUGGCAAUCUUCCAAUAACUGAGUUAUGUUGUUUUAGAUCUCUCAUGGAGCUUCGCCUUCGAAAAUGCAGACACCUAGUGGAUGAACCAAAGCUACAUAUACUGUUUGAAUCCCUGCAAUGUCUACAAAUACUGGGUUUGGAGGACUGUUCUGGGUUAACUAAGCUCCCCAACAAUAUCAAACAUCUCUCUCGGCUGCAAAAACUUACUUUGAAUGGUUGCACUAAGCUUCAGUUUUUACCCCAGCUUCCACGGUCUCUUAGAAAUUUUAUUGCCAGUAAUUGCACAUCAUUAGAGAGAGUGUUUGCUUCAACAAUUUCAAGGCUAUUACGGGUAAAUGGUCAUAAUUUCAUUUCAUUUCACAAUUGUGAGAAAUUGAAUGAGCGUUCACGUUGUGCUAUUGAGAAACAUGUGGAGUUCUCAUUGAAGCAAGCAGUACAUAACAAGCAAAGAUUUACAGUUUUUUAUCCUGGAAACAGUGUUCCAUUGUGGUUUGGCUAUAAUCGGUCAACAAAGGGUUUGGUAACCAUAGAACUGUCUUUGGCCUCUGGUCAUUUAUUGGGUUUUGUUUUAUGUUCAGUCAUUCCUCAAUUCAUCUCUAAGGAAAAAAUUCAAGCUGCUGUGACUUGCAAGUGCUACAUUGAAGAAGGGGAAGCAGUUGAAUUUCAGAUUUUUGAUCCACAAUAUGCAGAAUUCAGCUCAGAUCACAUUUUACUUUGUUGUGAUCCAUACUUCUCUAAAUUAGUAUUGGAGAGAUUUAAAGGAGGCAAUGGAAGUGAUGAAGACACCACUUCUAACAAAAAGGUUUUGUUUAGUUUCGUUUCUUGUGAUGGCUUCAUCGAAGAGUGUGGGACCUGCCCGAUAUAUGCCUCUGAAUAUCAGAAUUUCAUUCAACAAAGGAAAAUGAAGUGUGAGUUGGGCAAGAUGUCAAAGCAGCAUCGAGAUAUUGAUGAAAUGGAGAUGGAAAUCAGUAAAUUUGGAACCGGAGUUGGAAACGCUGAUGGGGAAGAAACAGUGUCUCCAUGCAAGAAAUUGAAAAUGGAGUUGUGUGCUCAGCCUAAUGGACAAGAAGAUAUUGAAGAAUUGGAAGCUUUGCUCAUGAGAAUCAAAAUCAGCUAG